AUGAAGAUAACAGAGUCAAUGGUGAACGGAACGGAGGCGGCGGAGGAAAGUUGCUAUUCAAUACCGGCGAACAACAUGUCGGGCGGUUCGCACGUGUCGAGGGACACCUUCGGGGGCGCCGAGUCGGAGAUAUCCGGUGGAAGUGCGCCCCCUUUGCCCAGCCCGGCGUCCGCGGGUGCCGCCCUGGUCUCACCGGAGACCUUGAGCCGCCACAGCAGCCCGCCACCGCUCCCCGCCCAUACCCAGCCGGCGCCGUCGUGCUCUUCACAUCGCGUGCAUAUGGAGUCGCCGCUCAGGUUGUCGAGUCAGCAGUCGAUGUCACUUGGGGGCUCGUUGUCUCUGCAGCCGGUGCUCUUCGGGGCAGCACCUGGUGCCACCCAGCAGCCUCCGUUACCUCCAACGAGGCACCCCACACGGCCCUCCGCCUCUAUACAGAACAUGCACAUUAUAAGCGCGAGCGACGCGCUGGCGACAACUCUGUCUGCUCUCUACGGGAAGCUACUGGUCGUUAUGGGGGUCGCUUUUCCGAUGGCCGAAGUUAUAUCCACUUACAUUCCACCCUCUUUUUACGAGGGUUUCUACCUGUACCUUUACAUCGGAAGCAUGGUUUUUCUUCUGUACAUGUACGCGGCACUUUUGCGAGACCGGUCCAGAUCGGCAGCUGACACCAAAGUUGUAGCCAAAUCGGAGUCCAGCUCGUCUCCUUCGGAGUCCGAUUCCUGCUCAUCGCACACGGAGCGGAGUACGGCGACUGCGGCUCACUUACCACCACACCUGGCCGCUAAGCGUCUCUCCCUGGGCUUCGCUCUCGCAAGCCGCACCCACCAUUACGGCAGUUUCUACCUGAGGAUGGGCGCUGUCGCCUUCGGCAUAGGUUCGAUGAUCUAUUCGGGACUGGAGUUUGGCCAGUACUGGGAACUGGAGAGGAACACAAACUGCCACAACGUGCUGCUCGCUUUAACGCCUGCCACAAGGAUGGCGUUCAUAUUCAUACAAAUGUACUUCAUCUUUCUGAAUAACGAGAUGAAAGUUUACAAGCACAAGAUAGUGGCUCGGUUUGGACUGAUGCAUAUGGUUGGCACUAACCUGAGCGUGUGGCUGAACGUCCUGGUUCAGGAGACGAAGCACGAGAUCCUGACCUUCUACGAUCCCGAAAAUAAGACCAUCGGAUUAUCGCAUCGACUUGCAUUUCAAAAGGCGUUCGCCUCCCUCGCUACAGAAGUGCCACCCUCCCACCCCGCAGCAGCGCAUCUGCGAGUACCACGUGGCUUAAAAGGCCCUCAUCAUAUCUUCGAAUGCCGCCGUACGAAUAUCAUGGGCUCUUUAGUACAAGACGCGUCACCAUUCCUCUUUCCAUGCACCAUAGAAUACUCGUUAAUAUGCGCUGCGAUCUUGUACGUGAUGUGGAAAAACAUUUCAAAGUACCCUUCGAAGGAUGUCGCCGCCGCCAUCGCUAAAGCUCGAUUGCUGGAAGGUCUCGCCUACAAAAAGUCCCCUCAUUUGUACAGCGUCGACUGCGCGAGGGCGCACAAGGGCCUGUUCUUUGGGAUUCUGGUCUUGGUGCUGACUAUCAUCUCCCUCAUACUGUUCUUCGUGCUCAUAUCGAGGAGAGAAUACGCCACUCUAGCCGUGGUGGAGGUGAAUGUGUGCGAGUUGGCGCUAUACGCUAUGACGACUUUCGCGAGCUUGGCCGGAAUGUUUUGCGUGAGGAACCUGAAGUACGACGGCAACCGGAACCUCGAGCUGGACAACAUCCUGCUGGUCGGCGCCCAGACCGGAAUGUUCAUCUACGGCACGUUCACCAUCAUCGGCGGGCACUUCACGAUCGAGAAGAACACGAUACUGAUAUUGAUUACGGCGCUCUCGUCGUUGGUGCAGACGACGUGUCAGACGAUGUUCAUAUUGGACGCGAGCCGCAGAUCGGCGAAGACGCCGGAGCAGCUGCGCAAGAAGCCGGGGCGCGAAAUAGUCACGUUCCUCCUGGUGACCAAUUUAGCGAUGUGGGCGAUCAACACGCUCGAAAAGUCCAGGGCGGAAUCGCACCCGGUGCAGCUGCACUUCUACGGCCUGUGGGCCUGGACGAUAAUAACGCACGUGUCGAUGCCCCUGGCGAUCUUCUACAGAUUCCAUUCGACGGUUUGCUUGUGCGAGAUCUGGAAACGGGCCUACAAGAUGAAACCCGCCUACAUG